AUGGAAACGGCUGGAAUAGACUAUACAAAUGAAGAAGAUAUACGUAAUAUGGAUACUGGUAAAUUCAAUGAUUACAUGGCCACCAUGUUCCCACAGUGUAUGAACUUCCGAUCGAAUCAAGCAGGCUAUGGAAGCAAUCGAUAUCAAUCAAUAGCCGCACUUCAAAAUCCUGAUCUAGAAGAGGAGUCAGAAGAUGAGUUCGAUUGGAGCACUAUCACAUAA